AAUAAGUAAAUGACAUUACGGUCGUGUUCGUGGUAAUACUUUAACACCAGAUAGAAUUAGUCAACAAUCAUGGCGGCUGUUGUGUCCUGCGUCAAUCGCCUCUUGGCUCAUAUUUUUGUCUUACUCGUAGUGUUGAUGGAUGUGAACGGGAACCGGGUGAAACACAAGAUCUAUGAGGAUAUCCAGGGUGAUAUGGCUUGCUUCAAAAGGUUUAAUGGGACGCAGGAGAUCGGAUGUACGUCCAAGUUCUCUGGCAACAUUGGUGUUGUUCACGUAGUUGAGUCCAAGGAAGACUUAGUGUGGGUGUAUCAGCGAGGACCUCACCAGCCUUACGUGUUGGCUAUUACCCCAAGGUUCCUUACCUCAGAGGUGCUAAAGGAAGCCCAGAACUCGGGCAAGGUGUCCGGGGUGGUAGUCAUGGUGGAGGAAAAUAAAUUGGACCUCCCUGGGGGUUUCUCUGGGGAGACUCAUUGCCCCAACCAUGAACUUGGUCUAUACAAUGACUCCUCACAAUCGGAGUACUCUGGUUACUGCUGGAAGGAGCCGUGGAACCCCAAUGGUACAUCACUAUUGUACAUGUCCUGGAGUUUUCCGAUCUUCUUGAUUGACAAUGAGACGUCCAUUAACAACAUCAGGGAUUACUAUAAGACAUUCAAUGAGCCAGGUACAGACGGAGAACCUCGUUCAUGGCCGCUGUGUUGCAUGGAGCUCAAGUCCAACAUGUUCGGGACAACCAACACAGAGGUUUGCAUGAGGCGGCGGACCAUCGCCACAUCAGUGUUCCAGCCAGUGAACUUCUGUGAUCCACUCUCUGACUACAACAUCUGGGGCAGCGUCAAGCCUAUGAACAGUUCAGAAGUGACCCCGGAGAAGUCUGUCAUCAUCGUGGCUGCCAGGAUGGACGCUGCCACGAUGUUUGAUAAUAUCUCUCCUGGCGCAAACUCUGCCAUCUCAGGCAUGGUGACACUCUUGGCCGCCGCCGGGGCUCUCUAUAACUUAAAGGACGACAUCAUGAAAUCAGAGGUUGAGAAGAAUGUGCUGUUUGUGCUGUACCAGGGAGAGACUUGGGGUUACAUUGGAUCAUCACGUAUGGUGUGGAACAUGGAGAAGGGAGACUUUCCUUUUAAACAUCAAGAGGACGAGACUGACCAGAUAUCACAGAUGAACUUAACCCACAUUGACUCCUUUAUUGAGCUGGCUCAGGUAGGCCAAGGAAUGACGCCCGUAGGAAGCCAUCUGUUCCUCCACACUGAUCCCAUCUCUAAUGUUGAUCCAGAGAUUGGGAAUGAGACAGACACCUUGCUAAAUCUCUUGGAAAAGUAUGCCAACAGUUCUGGGAAUGUAAAAUUUGAGAGAGCCAAUGGAGAUGCACCUCUGCCACCUGCAUCUUUCCAGAGCUUCUUGAAAAGGGUGAAUAUAUCUGGUGUCGUCAUUACCGAUCACAGAGACGAAUUCAAGAACUCUUACUAUGAAAGUAUAUUUGACGAUUACCGUAAUGUUAAAUACACAUCUGAAAAUGAGAGCCAGGAGACGGACAUGUAUCAUAAACACAUAAGCCGGGUCGCAGGAGUGCUGGCAUCUGCCCUUUACACACGCCUCACGGGCAACUCAAAGGUUAUCAAGGCAGACGAAAAGCUGACUGACGAUCUGUUGUAUUGUUAUAUGAAGAACUUCAGUUGUCAGAUGUUCCGCGACUAUGGUGAUAGACUGCCACGAGACCUCUUCAGUGACAAACCUGCUAAGAUGUACGUCAGCGUUAAGGGAGGCGAGGGAAGCCGUACAACCUUGACCCACUUAGUCUUUGCCAAACUCCUGGGCGAGAAAGUCGAGCUGAACGAGACCAAGUGUAAGACAGAGAGUUUAAAUCAAGUCCACCAGCUCUACUACUUCGCAUCUCUCAACAAUGGAACGUGUGUCAUGUCCACUGUAAGGAAGACGGAGGCCAUGAGCCCCGCCUUCCUUAUAAAGGAUUACAACUGGCAGUCGGGCGAGUAUUCCACAUGGACUGAGAGUGGAUGGCAGUUAACCAAGGCUAUGAUUUUCCUGAAGCCAUCAGUGGCAGAGGAGGUUGGUUUAGUGUGUGGCGGAAUUGCAUCGCUCUUGCUCUCUCUGGCCCUAGUCUACUUCAUGAAUUCAAGAGCCGAUCUUCUGUUUGGCCUGACAACGCCCCCGGCUCCAUGUUGAGGCCUGACAACGCCCCCGGCUCCAUGUUGAAAAUUGUGGCAGUGACAGUGGAUUCAUUGUAUUCCAAUGUCAAUAGUGUGGUGGACUUAAUCAUGACAGAGUAAAUGGAAAGUACUGUAAUUAGUUCCUUCAUUAUAAAUUAGGUGGUUAUUAUCUGAAAUUUUAAGUUUAGUUAAAUUUUAGAGACUUCCAUAUACCAUACUAUAUAUAUAUAUAU